GCGUGUCUCAGCCUACUCGGUGGUUGGGCGCGGGCCCAGCAGAGGCGGCAUCUGAACGGUGACUGGGCGCGGGGACGCAGCUCUCGCGGGGAUUGGACGCGGGGACGCGGCGGCGGCGGCGCGCAAUCUGAGACAGGCGGGCGGAGGCUGCAUGGGGCGGCGGCGUCGCCGGGUGGACCCGGCGGACGCGGCCCGGGCCCUGCCCGAGGCCAUCGCCGCGUUGAGUCAGACGCUGCCCGCCGGACCCAGCCCCGAGACCUUCCGCCGCGCCAAGUUCGACCGUCCGGAGGCGGCCCCCGCGCUCUGGCGGCUGCUCUUCCGCGUGCUCUCGCCGCAGCUGGCCGACGGCGCCUCGGCCUCAUUCUCUCCGGAGGCCGAGGUCCACUUUGUGAAGUUGGCGCUGCGCACCCAGGGCUACCCUAGGCGGGCCCUGGCACAGCUCCCGGACGACGGCUCCCAGGGUGGCCGCGAGCUGUUGCUGGCCCUGGCCUGGCUCCUGGCCCGCGGGCCCCUGCCCGAGCAGCUGCUGACACAGAACCGCGUGCAGCUGGGCGACGAGAUGCCCGUGUGCGAGUGCGACGCCCUGGCCAGCCCUGGCCCUCCUGCCCGCAGUGUGGAAGCAGACGGCUGUGUGGACAUCCGCCACCUGCAGUGGCUGAUGGGAAAGCUGCGGUUCCGGUGGCGAAACCUGAUGGCCAGUCAGCAGGAGCAGUGCGCCCUCCUGGGCAAGAUCCACUCAUAUACCCGUGGCUGCCACAGUGACCGCGGCCUUGGCCACCUGUCUGUCACCGAAACGGAGCUGCUCAGAGACCCGGAGGGUGGCCGGCAGCUGCUGCAGAGGCUGGAGAGGGAGAACGCACGGCUGCAGGCGGCCCUCGAGUGGCGGCGCCGGGAGCUGGUCUUCUGGCGGUGGAUGGACACGGUCCUGGGCGCCUGCCCCCCUGAGGCCUCACAGCCCACGUUUCUGCCCAGGAUCCCCACGCCAGGGGCUGGAGCAUUGGAGCCCCUGGUGCGGGAGCUGCAGGCCCUGCAGGGAGAGCUGCGAGAGGCGGUGGAGGCCCGGCGGGCGGCCUGGGAGGCCGGGGUCGGAGGCCGUGGGCCUGAGUGGAGUGCCGCGAGGACGGCCUUGCGGGAGGCCGUGGGGCAGGACCUGGCGGCUCUGCGGCAGGCGUGCGAGCGAGGCGGCGGCUGCAGCCUGGCCCAGCCCCACGGGCCCCACCGGCUGGUGAGGACUGAGGCUGGGGCGCCCGGGGGCCCAGGCCUGCGGGCCCCUGAAGUGAUUGAGGCGCUGAGGAGCCGGGAGGCCCGCCUGGAGGUGGUGCUGCGCCAGCUCCAGGGCCAGUGUCGGCAGGAGCUGGCCAGGCUGGUGGGAGCCCCGCCCGGCUCCGUCUGGAUCCUGCCACCUGGACGCUGAUGCUCCCUUCUCCCGGGGGCACCCCUCUCAGCCUGGCUGGGCCUUGGAGGGGCAGAUUCCAGGCCGGUUAGCUGCAGGGGUGACACAGGCACAGCCCCGGUGGUGCAGGCACACUGGGCCCCGGGCCCCCACUUUGGGCAGUACUCAGCCCCGCAGCCUGCAGUGCUGGGGGCAGGCCCAUUGUGGUGGCCGUGGGCAUUCAGGAUCUGGAGAAGACCCGGAGGUACAUUGUGGAGGCCUCCUUGCAGGGCUGAGGCUCCAGCUGUCCCUCUGCCACCCUUCCAGGUCUCUGUCUGGGGAGGGGGUGCUCCCCUCAGGCCCAGGGUGAGGGGUCCCUGGGCAGUGGUGGCUGAGCCUGGGCUGGUCCAGGGCUGCCCAGGUGCUGGACGGACAGGCAUGGCCUGCAGCACAGGGUGGGCGUGAGGGCCCGGGGGAUGCAGUGUUCUGGAUGUGCCCUUGGAGUGCUCUCAUCCUGGGCUCCCCUUGUACACCCCACCUGGGCCACGCCUGUGUGGGGUGUGUGUGUGUGUGUGGGGUGUGUGUGUGUGUGUGUGUGGGGUGUGUGUGUGUGUGUGUGUGGGGUGUGUGUGUGUGUGUGUGUGUGUGUGUGUGUGUGUGUGUCGGGCAGGGACACCUCAUGGGAACCUUGGGUGGGGGGGACUCUGCUCCGUUCCUGAGGGUGGUGCCCCGGGGAGGGGAGGGGGGUCCUGCCGUGGACAGAGGGGGCUUUGUUCCCGAGACUGCUCGGGGAGCUGGCCCUGACAAAGAGCCAUCUGUGUCCGGAGGAUGUGCCCCCAGCCUGCCAGAACAGGCCCCUCUCCUUCCCAGGAGGCUUGGCUUCUUGGCACCUGCCCCGUCCCCCUCCCGCCAGUGGACAAGGCCUCAGCCCGGCCUCCCUUGCCGGGCUCCCCUCUCCCCCAGGGUGCUCCACCCCGCCCUGCUGCCGGCCAGCUUAGGCCCCAGGGCCCAACCACAACGCCUUCUCAUCGGCCUUUGCUGUCCGCUUGGGGAGUGCUGGCUCACGCCCACGGGCACUGGCCCCUCUGGGCCAUUCUGGGUCUCCUUUGUCCCGGGUUGGGGCACACCCGUGGCGCCUCUGCACUGGCCUCGGGAGCACUGACCAGACCGGGGUGCGAACCGGUCCCCCUUCAGGAGUGACCCCUGACCCUCUCCUCACAGGCUGGCCCCAGAGAGCCUCUGGCCUGAGCCCCUCCCUCCAAGGCCUGGCCCCCCUCUCGUAGCCCCUCUUGUGGGCUCCCCGCUUGCUCCAGUCGGGUCUAGGGCACCUGUCCUUGGGGUGUGUCAACUGUGAGGUCAGAAAUCGAGGAGGCAGUCCGGGUGCCUUCCCGCGGCCACACCGCGCUGCCUCCUGUGCUCGGGCUCUUGUUCCGUCACCUCCACCUUCACGGUCCUUUUGGUGCCCUACCCCACUACCCACUGGCUGGCCUCCUCUCCCUUGUCCUUAUCUGCACUGGUCGACCUUGGCUUGACCUUGGCUUGGGGGGCGUGGCUGGCUGGUCAGGACUGAGGCCCCCCGGGGUCCACCUGCAGCCUGAGGGGUAUUCCCCGUGGCCUGCGGAAGUUCAGGUUUGGGUGGACAGGAGCAUCUCUCAGCGGCAUUUAGGAGACAGUCCCUGUUGGUGGGGCACAGUUGACGACCUUGGUCCAUAGGCCCCGGCACCCGUGUCCUUGCCUGUGGGUGUGGCUGGUGGCCAUGAAGUCGUGCCUCUGGAGCUCCAGGGCCCCCAACUGGGUCCUGGUUGCUGAAUGCAGCUGGGCGCCGGCCUCUCUGUCCUUCUUGGCCGAGCUGGGCUGUUCCUCCUCUCAUCCAUCAGCCAGGAUUCCCGAGGUGCCCAACGGUUGCCAGCCCCGGGGCUGGGGGCAGGGUCUGGGGGAGAGCAAACACCAUAAACCAAUAUGCAUCAGGGGGCGAUGGCCCUGGCCGUGCGGGGUCGGGGCGCGAGGUGACAGAGGGUGGUGGUCAGAGGAGGCCUGCCCAGACAGUAAAGGAGGGGGGGAGAGGGUGCCUAGUGUCCCGCUCAGGAGGGUGGUCCAGGCGAAGGAAAUGGCGUGCUUAUGCGGGGGCUGC